AUGAGAAAAAAAAUUUCUUAAAGAACGAAUCAAACUAUUCCCGGUUUUUUGUCAAAAACAUAUAAAAUUUUAGAAAAUUAAGAAUAUUAUGAUAUUAUAUGUUGGAAUGAUGAUGGAAAAGCCUUCAAGAUAAAAUAACCAAAUGAAUUAGCUGAAAAAGUAUUGCCAAAAUAUUUCAAAACUAAUAAUUUUGCAUCUUUUGUUAGAUAAUUAAAUAUGUAUGACUUUCAUAAAGUUAGACAUGAUAGUGAAGAAAAUGAAUGGAGACAUAAAUUAUUUAGAAAAGGAUAUCCGCAUUUAUUAUGUGAAAUCAAAAGAAAGAUUCAUGACAAUCAAAUUCUAGUAGAAACAUUUUCAUAAUCUUAAAAAGAAUAAAACCAAAUAGCAACAUAACAUAUACAAUAAGAAAUUCUCGCUGAUAAUAGAUUAUUAUGGAAAAAACUUUUUAGUAUAUUUUUAACUUAUAUGGGUCCAAAAUAAAUUCCUGAGUUAAACUUUUUAUACAAUAAUGUAAAUAAUGAUAAUGUUAAUCAAUAUUGGGAUAAAUACAAUAAAUUUGUACAUGAAUAAAAAAAUUUAGAUAAUAAUUAAUUUAAUGAUGAAUGA